AUGGCCAGUCUAUUCAACAUUCUUCCCGAGGAGCUCAUCCUCGAAAUUGCACAGAACAGCACAAAAAACACUCUCGCUGCAUUUGUUGGUACAUCCAAAGAUGCCUGGCGAAUCGGUCAUCCUGUCUUGUACGCUCUGACUCGAGAACAACAACGGCGGGUCUUCAAAUGGGCUGGAUAUCACCGACAAGAGCGCACGAUGGGCUACCUCCUCGAUGGCAUCCUCGAACAACAUAAAACAAACCCUCAGGUUGGCUAUGAAGCCCUGAUUUCUGCGUGCCGAGGUGGCUGCGCUAAGAUCGUCUCUAGGCUUCUCAGUGAAGGUGUCACGCCGGACUUCGAAUCGACUCAGCGAAGAGUGCGGUUUCGCUCUGAUACGCCGUUGACAGCUGCUAUCUCAAAUUCUCACAUGGACAUCAUCCAAAUGCUGAUCACGGCCAAGGCCAAUCCGAACCGCCGGAGCGAGGGGAAUACCCCAAUGAUUUCAGCCGCCCGUGGUGGAAACGUCGCGGUCAUCAAACUCUUGCUGCAACACGGCGCCAGCCCGGCAAUGAGUUGCGAUGAUACAUGCCCCUUGUUUGAAAGGUCCGGAAAUGGCCAUCUCGCUGCCACGGACGCCUUGCUUGCAGCUGGUGCUCAUGUUAAUGACGAGAUGGGCCACACAUGCGCUCUCAUGGAAGCCACUCGCGGCGGGCAUACUGACAUUAUGAAACUCCUUCUCCAGUUCGGCGCAGACCCCGAGACCCGCCUCCAGUGGUCCCACCCUCUCAGCGUAGCUUCCAGGUUGGGCAACCUAGAGGCCAUGAAAAUCUUGAUCGCGGAGGGAGCAAAAGUCAAUAUUCAUGCCAUGGGCGAGGAUCCCCCGGUGCCUCUCUGGGAGGCUACGAGGUACAAUCAGGUCGACGCCGUAUUACUUCUCGUGGAUUCCGGUGCUACCGAAUGCGACAGAUCACCAUGGUGGUUUCUUUCCCAGUAUGACGGUAAGUUCUCACAACUUCCACUCGUUGCAGCAACCUGGGGGAGCACUGACGUGCUUCGACUCUUCAUCUCGAAAGGGUUUGAUAUCAACACUUUGGGAGAUCACGAGCGCUCCGCUCUUUCUCUCGCCGUGGAAAACGGUCACACAGACUGCGUCAACUUGCUCCUUGACAAAGGCGCCGACGUAAAUACCAUCGAUAUCAGUGGUUGGACCCCGCUCUCAUACACCGAGAACGUCGAGAUCGUCCAGGCGCUGCUCAAGAAAGGUGCCAACAUGUACAUUAGCGACAAAACCGGCCGCAGCCCCCUCCACUGGGCCGCAUCAGGCAACAGGGCAGAGGUGAUCAAGGCUCUCCUGGCCGCAGACCCCAGCGGGGCGAGCACCUUGCAACAGACACGGAUAAAGGGCGAGACCCCGCUCAUGCUCGCCAUUGCACACGGGUGCACAGAGGCUAUGGAGGUUCUGGUUGCGGAGGGGACGAGUAUCCAUCAAAAGGAUAGGAAAGGGCGCACGGCGCUAAUCAUAGCGGCAACACACUUGAAUGUUGGCGCUGCGCGGUUAUUACUUGAGAAGGGCGCGGAUCCGGAUGCGGCUGAUUGCUACGGCGCAACAGCGCUCAUGCACGCGUGCUGGGAGGGCAUUACGGAGCUCGCGAGGCUUCUGCUUGAAAAGGGGUGCGACGUGUCCCGGACGAAUAAAGACGGGAAGAACGCACAAGAUCAUGUUCUCCCGUACGCCCCGGCGGAGUUGCAGGAGCUGAUUGUUAAUGCGAUGGGGUCGGUCUGA